AUGUUUGACACUAACGUUACAAGGAUACAAGAUUUCUUCAUCAUUGGAUUUCCUGGACUUUCAUCUGAGCUUCAUAAACCUGUGUCAGGACUACUUUUUGUGCUUUUCCUGGCUAUAGCUGGAGGAAAUGUUUUCAUUUUAGUGUUUGUUAAAUAUGAAAGGUCGCUUCACAAACCCACAUAUCUGAUCUUUUGCCACCUUGCAUUAACUGACUUAGGGUUUGGGACUGCUACUCUGCCAAAGAUCAUCUCAAAAUAUUGGUUGGAUGACAGCAUUAUUUCAUUUUACGGUUGCUUUGUACAAAUGUACUUUGUUCAUUUCUUAGCGACAGCUCAUUCUUUCAUCCUGAUGGUGAUGGCUCUUGAUCGUUUCAUUGCAGUCUUUGCCCCACUGCGUUACGCAUCUCUUUUCACAAACACCACAGUGUCUGUGCUUUGUGGAGUAUCAUGGUUUAUGCCAGCAUCAUGGAUGAUUGGUAUUGUUUUUGAUGCACUUAUUUUGCCGUUUUGCAAUUCAAACAUAAUUAUACAGUGCUAUUGUGACCAUACUGCAAUAACAGCGCUUGGAUGCGAGAACGUAAGAGAAGUUCAGGUUACUGCGUUAGGUCUUGCCAUGUUCAGUUUGAUGGUGCCUCUGGGUUUUAUUGUAUUCUCAUAUCUUUUCAUCAUAGUUGCUGUUAUGCGUAUUUCCAGCUCGGAGGGCCGCACUAAGUCACUGUCCACCUGCAUGCCACAGCUCAUCAUAACGUUUCUGUUUUAUAUGCCAAGGUGCUUUGUGUAUCUGGCAAAUAAUGUCGGAUUCACUUUCAGUGUUCCAGUUCGCAUUGUGGUUGUAAUGCUGUACAGUCUUUUACCCGCUGCUUUCAACCCAAUCAUAUACUGUUUUAAAACCAAGGAUAUCAAAGAAAACUUGAAAAAGAAAUUAUUCAUUAGGAGAAUUAACAUUAGCACAAAAACGUGA